AUGCAACUCCUCAACUACAUCCCACUUCUGCUGGUCCCGGCCGUGGCCGCUAAGAGCACCGUGUACCUGAUCCGUCACGGUGAGAAGCCUUCCAGCGGCAAGGGCCUCAAUGCCCAAGGUCUCCAGCGUGCCCAGUGCCUGCGUAACGUGUUCGGAAGCUCAUCUUCCUACAACAUCGGCUACAUCAUGGCCAUGACCCCAGACUCUGAUGGAUCCCGCGCCCGCCCGCUCGCAACUGUCCAGCCCCUUGCUUCCGACCUUGGUAUCACCGUCGACACCUCUUGCGACCGUGACGACCAGAAGUGCGUCGCCAAGGUUGUGAACAACUACGCUGGUGGCGGAAACAUCCUUAUCUGCUGGGAGCACAAUGCCCUGACCGAUAUUGUGAAGGCCCUGGGUGACGGCAAUGCCCCCACCUACCCAAGUGCUUCGUUCAACCUGAUCUGGACUGAUCCUUCACCAUACUCCGCCAUCGCUGCUACUACUUCUGAGAACUGCCCUGGACUUGAUUAG